AUGUCCUUCAUAAACGUGAAUAACAUUCUUAAUCGCAAUUACGACACGGAACGUUCACAGAUCACAAAGGAUUUGGUGAGCAUCGUCAAUGAAUGCAAAGAAAAAUACAGCAGACUUCGAACAGAACUUGCGACAGAAAAUGAUUCCAAAAUAAUGCGACUGCUGGACUGUUGGGAGCUGCUUCUCUUCCACGGCUUAAAAACCAACAUCUUCAAACCAACUCACGGAUUCUGGGACAUUGCUUACGAGCACUUGACGCGACACGAAAAGGAACGCUUCGAUGGCUUGCGUCACGUAAAUUCGGAUCGUGGCAAGUGUCGAGCUUUAAUACGUGCUGCCUUGAACGAGCGAUCUCUCGAACGAUACGUGCUCAUGUGGAUUAACGAUCCGACAAUUUUCGACAAAUACGAGCCGUACGCUUGCAUUUUACAUAAACAGACCAUUGAUGAGCUUCCGCGACUCGCAAAUGCCUUAAAUGACAUCCUUUUUGCCCUGACGGUAGAUUCGCCGGAAGUGAAUGACAGGAAAAUUCAUGCACUUGAACGGGAAGAACCGAUAAUUCCGGUGACGGAACCAAAUAACUUGGAAGUGCAUAAACGUGUGCCAAAAGUGAAGCGAAAAGUGAUUGAUUUUGAGGAAAAAGUGCCAACCGCAAAGGAAAAAGAGGUCAUUUUGAGACCAAAUCGCACGCCAAGUCCCUCCGUCAUACCGCCAAUCGAGGAAAACGGGCAUGUGGAAGUCAAUCGAGGGUUUAUUGAAGAACAAUUGAUGUUCGCAUGUGAUCGCAGUCAAGGCAGAAGUAGUAUUGGCAGCUUAAUGAACGAGUCAAUUUGCAGUUUGGAUGAUCGCGAACGGAAAAACUCAAUAAUUAAAAGUAAGGAAAAUAUUGCAAUAGUCAUUACGGAAGAAACAGGCAUCGAAGUCGGUGAAGACAGUAUUUUAUCGUCAAAAGGCAGCUCAAUCAACAGCGAAUCUGACGAUUAUUCGCCGAAUUUCAACGAAACCAUCGACAUUGAAGAAUUAAAGCAAAAACUCAAAGAAAAGGAGGAACGUGUGGCGGUUCUGGAAUCGCAAGUCGCCGAAUUAAGUUUGGAAAAUUGUCGCCUUCGAAUGCUUAGUAGCAGUGCAUCUCGCAACUCCAAGAUGUUUUUCAACGUUUCCAUUCCGCGCGCCUUUCUCGAAGCCGUGGUGCCAACCAUGAAAAAAUACUACAUUUACGAGAUUCAUGUGACACCCUCCAACGAAAUUGGCGAAGAGUGGAUCGUAAAGAGGCGUUAUAGUGAAUUUUAUGAGCUGCAUAAGCAACAGAGCAUAAAUAAUCUGACGGUGAAGACGUUGGAUUUUCCGCCAAAGAAAAAAUUCGGGAACAUGGAUGCAAAUUUUGUGGAACAACGACGACAAAGACUGCAAGUUUAUUUGAAACAUUUGAUCACGAUUUUGCCGGACGUAGCGGAAUGUUGUACUAAAACUGAGCUGACACGAACGUUUCCGUUUUUGGAGCCAGAUAUUAAGUUUUCGUAAGAUAUUUAUAUUAACAGAGUCUUCUAAAAUAUUUUUGUGCAGUUUUUAUAGAAAUUUAAUGAGAGUUUCGAGCGACAGGAGCGCGUUUUAAAUUAAUUACGAACAAUAUUUUAUGAAAAUUUUGGACAAUUUUUUGACAGAAAAAAAAAUUGUUUUUUUUUCAAAAAUUUUAUAACUUUUUUACUGCAAUGGAUUAAUUUAAUUUACGUUAUU